CGAGGCAUUGGAGGAGCAUUUCUGUCUUUUGUUGGCGGUGAGGGCAACCGAUAGAAGAACCUUCUGUGCUUUGCAUUUGCAUGAUAACAUCGAAGUGGUUUAUGGAAGCAGGGAACGGAUUAUUUACCAGAGGAAAUCAUCGCACUUAUUUUUGUCACCAUGCGCACUCAUGGAUGUUUCUCUUUUUCAUGCGCAAAAUGGAGGUUGUUGAACGGAGGCCGAUGGCAAAUAGGAUCGCUCAUGUUCCUUCUUCAUUUGGUCACCACGGUAGGUGGUCAGAUUCGUUAUUCUAUCCCAGAGGAGAUGAAGAAAGGCUCAGUGAUCGGUAAUGUGGCGCAAGAUCUUGGCUUGGAUGUGAAAAGGCUGCGUUCAGGGCGGGCCCGCAUUUUGACAGAAGACAACAUCCAGUACACCGAGCUGAAGACAGACAAAGGGCUUCUCGUCGUUAACGACAGAAUAGACCGGGAGCAGCUUUGUGGAGAUGUGACGCCAUGUAGCUUCAGCUUUGAGGUCAUUUUAGAAAAUCCUUUGGAAUUGCACAGCGUUCGCAUCCUGAUCCAGGACCAGAACGACAACGCCCCCCAGGUGCUGUACCCGGUCCAGACGGGCGGCUCGGUGCUGGCUGAAAUGGUGCCUCGUUCAGCAGAUGUGGGCUACCUGGUGACUAAAGUGGUGGCUGUUGAUGUGGACUCUGGACAGAACGCCUGGCUCUCCUAUAAAGUGCACAAAGCCACAGACAGGGCGCUGUUUGAAGUGGGCCUACACAAUGGAGAAAUAAGAACUGUCCGCCAAGUCACUGAUAAAGAUGCUGUCAAACAAAGACUGAGUGUUCUAGUGGAGGACAACGGGCAGCCCUCUCGUUCAGCUACAGUCAUUGUUAACGUGGCGGUGGCGGACAGCUUCCCUGAAGUGCUGUCAGAGUUCACUGACUUUAGCAUGCACGACAAGGAGUACAAUGACAAGCUGACUUUUUACUUAGUCUUGGCUUUGGCUGUAGUCUCCUUCCUCUUCAUCACCUGCUUGCUGCUCAUCAUAUCAGUCAAAGUGUACAGGUGGAGACAGUCUCGCGUCCUGUACCACUCCAACCUCCCUGUCAUUCCAUAUUAUCCACCACGUUACUCAGACACUUUGGGGACAGGGACUCUCCAACACGUGUACAAUUACGAGGUGUGCAGGACCACCGACUCCAGGAAAGGUGACAUGAAGAAUAUGCAAGCCAUGAGUCAAAGUUUAGUGAGUGUGGAUGGAGCUGAUGCUGAUACACCACAUGUGACCAAGCAGAUGUCAGGAAACUUUUCACAGAUGUCAACUUUGUCUGUGGCUCUGUCCAUGGUUCUGAAGUACAGUUUAGGCAAGAUUAUCCUGUGA